UCUAGAGGCCACCACAGCCAUGACACAGUGGCCUAUAAAGUCCUCCCCAUUCUUCUGUUUAACAAAAGUUUGUUUUCAUGUUUUCUGCAUCUUGUGAAACAUCUCUUUCAGACUCACGGACAGUAACCAUGCCUGAAGCUGAAGUACUGUACUCUGCUGUAAAGUUUAAAGUGAGGAGGGAGUCCAUCGCUGAUACUUACUCAGAAGUCAAGAUUUCAAAGACUCAGCCAUCCACAACAGAGCCUGAGGAUUCUCAACAAGCAGUGUCUUGUAAAGGGUCAAAGAUCACCUCAGAGAGAGUAGCCCUGCUGGUUCUCAGUGUUCUCCUGGCAGCUGCUGUUAUUGGUCUUGGUGUUACCAUUCAGACUAUCAAAAACCUGGAAGUCAAAUGUGAAGCUGAAAACAAAAGGUUCAGAGAUAAGCAGUCCUAUAAAUGUGAAGAUGGCUGGAAGAAACAUGGAGGAAAGUGCUAUUAUUUCUCCAUCGAUAAAACCUCCUGGAACGAGAGCAGAGAUGAAUGUAGAGCUAAAAAAGGAGACCUGGUUAAGAUAGAGAGCAGGGAGGAGCAGAAAUUCCUGGAGAGAAAACUGAAAGAAAUCAAGAACUCUGAUGACAAGUUCUGGAUCGGACUGAUAUACUCAGCUAAAAACAACACAUGGGUUUGGACGGACGGAUCACCGCUGACCAAAAGUUUGACUUUUUGGAAGAACAAAGAUAAAGACAUUAAUAAUGGAACAAAAGGGGCAAAUCCUGAUGAGCAAAGCUGUUUAAGGGUGGAGGCAAAAGGUGGAGCUAAGCUUUUGUCCUGCAAAAAGUCUCAUAGAAGUAUUUGUGAGAAACAAACAGUUACUGAAUGCUGUAAAUGUGCAGUUGUCUAAAGUUCAGUCAGUCUAUAAAAGAGUGUCAGUAAAAGAUACAGACGUUGGAGUUGCGAUAUGUUUGUAAAGUUAAUGUAUAAACUGUAUAUCCCUUCUAGAUUUGCUUUUAGUAAAAAAUAAAAUAUACUUGA